AUGAACAUGUACAAACUCAUACCUGCAAGCUAUGAAUUGAUGCAAUGUGUAGCUACUUGUGAUAGAAGAUGGAUAUCUACAAGAAAGUAUUAUAAAAUAUCGGAAUUAUUAUGGUCUAAAAUAAACCGGUGGCACCGAGCUUUCUUUAUAUUUUGCGUAGCAGAGUUAAAUCUAGUACCUGGAGGUCAAGUGGGAUUUCAGUGUAAUGAUCCAGCUUUAUCGCAUCCCUACACAGGAGACACAGUUAACUGGAAAUGGCUAAUUGGUAUAACUAUACUUUUACCUUUGGUUGUGUUACUCAUCACAGAAAGGCAGCAAUGCAACCAUGAAAUAGCCAAGAAGCAAGCAUUUGGUUGGUUUAAAGAGUAUUUAUAUGGCUUCCUAUUAAACUUGACUAUUGUUCAGGCAUUAAAGCUAAUUGUUGGUUCCCCUAGACCACAUUUUUUUGAAACUUGCGUACCUAAUGAAGCUCUGACAUGUAAAGAGUCAGAAUAUGUUUCCAGUUAUACAUGCACUACAGCACAUUGGUUAAAACAGUCCAACAAAAGCUUUCCUUCAGGUCACACAUCUCUAGCAGUCCAUGCUGCUGUGUUUAUUACGUAUUACUUGUAUCGAAGAGGGAGAAAGUUGAACUCAAAGACUGUUUCCAUGGUGCAGAUAGUUAGCUUGAGUAGUGCAGCACUAUGUAGUUUGUCCCGUAUUUGGGACAGACGUCACCACUGGUGGGAUGUAAUAGCUGGUGCAAUGAUAGCUUUGCUCUUACUUAUGUAUACUAUAUCUACGCUGUGCAAUAACUUUAAUUGUUCAAGUCCAAAGAGUCAAGUAAAUAAGGAACAAGACACGCUUGUCAAGAAUGAAACAGAGACAUCGUAA